AUGCAUUCGACUCAAGAGUGUGACUGGGAAGCCGUCAUCCAAUCGAUCCUGUCUUCAUCGACAAAUCCCGGACUCGAUGAUGAGCCCAAGGGCCAAGGCGUGUUUACCACCUUUGAACAUAUACCGAGCGACUCGACAGCCCCAGGUCGCACUCCAACCUUCGAUGCUGGACUCGAAUAUACACCCGAUCAGUUCUCCUUGCCACCAUCGCCUCAAUCACACAUGGCGGUUGCUCCGAGCUCAUGGGAGGGAUCGAUGUCGCGACCGGUUUUUUCUACAGCCAGCCAGCCGUCCAUGCUUCAUCCUACUGCCUUCGUAAAUCGCGCAGCCUCGGUGCCUAAUAUGUCUCCUCAACUUCAGACUCCUGCGUUCGGCUCUCGUACAGUGUCUAUGCCGUCGGUGCCUUCCACUGCGCGCUUCUAUCCACAGGAGGCCGAGGCGUCUUAUCCGUGCCAGGCUGUUCCCAUACCACAGGUUCCUUCUGCCCAUAAUGCGCCACCCCGCGGUCAAGUAUACAACAGUGCGACAUCAAGGCCUCAACAUCUGCCGUUUGCGUCCCUUCCGCAUACUCAGCAGUCCGGCAUGCCCUUCACCGGAUACGUCUCUACCUCGGGGACGCAAAACGAGACUUUCACCGACAUGACUAAUCAGCCACCCUUUGCUAGCUCUAAUCGAGCUCAUGGCGCGCACCCGAUGAUGAUGAGAGACUUUCUCGCUCAAGGCUAUGCUAACCUGCCUCCUCCCGAAGCGGCUUAUCCCGGUUUUGAUUCGCAUAUUCCAACUCAGGCGCCGACGUUCUUUCCAGGCGAGCAAGUCUCUACCGGUUCUCGUCUCCCUGCCCACUGGAACCGCCAGUAUAGCGGCGCUCCUGAUGCGCAUCACCGCUACAUCGCACCGUCGAUGGCUCAUCCUUUCUACGACCCUGCCCGCAAUGCCGCCAUAAGCCACCGGCAGAAUCAUCGUCAACCUCCAUUUACCGCGAGUUACUCUCAGCAAGCGUCGGCAUCAUCUCAACAAUUCUUUGUGACCGGAGGCACCGCAACAACUUCAACUUUCCCCCCUUUCGUGAACGAAAUCGGACCCCGUCAUGCGCAGGCCGCUUUAGACUUGCAACAGCCUCGUCAACCGGCUCUACCCCCUGCUUUGGCAGCUCCCGACCAACCACACGCCCUCGCGGACGCAGCGUCCGACAUUGCGAACUUUAACUCGUCAUCUGAAUCACUUGCGGGACCGUCGCGUACUUCUCGUCAUCCUAGACGCACUACAAAGCCCCGGCAGUCGGAGACCGCCCGUCCCCGGCGCAACGUUGCGAAAGCUCCGGUACGCCGCCGCGGGAGCAAGCCUUACGAUACCGUCGAAUCGGGCGGCAGAACUACUUGCCGCUGGCCGCGCUGCGAGAACAACGAGGUGCCGACAAAGCACCUCAUUUCCCAUCUGAGCGACCACAUCUCGGAACGAAACCUGGCCGAAGGGAGACGCAGCUUUCACUGCCCAUUUUGCGAUCACACAUCGGGGACGCGCAAGGAGCUCUUAAGGCACCUCGUCUCGGAGAAACAUGGCAUGUGUGUCAAGUUCAUGUGUGAAUGCGGCAGGUCUUUUUCGCGCGCCGAUGCGCGGACUCGCCAUCGCAAAUCGAAGACGCACAAGGAGAUUAUGGCGGAACUGGACCCCACUUACGAGUGCGACACCCAGGACGAAGCUGACGAUGACGAGUUUCCCUGA